UAUGUAUCAACCAUACCCCGUGUCUGUGUCAAUCGAGAGAGAGAGAGAAAUCGUGGAAAUUGAAUUCUAGGGUUUGUUAUUGUAUCGGGAAUCAAACAAUCAGCAAUGGCGUUGAGGAGAUUCUACAAUGAGAUCAAGGGGAAGAAGGUAACAGAACUUCCUCAACACGUGAAACCGAUGCUUUCAUUCGAUUACCUCAAGAAAUCAAUUCAGAGAGGUUUAGAUAAUUACAGCGAAAAGUAUAUCGAAACAAGUUCGAUUCAACCUCUUCUCCAUGUCUGUUAUGGUGGAAUGAUCUUCUCUUACCUUGUUGCUCUUCCUAAUGAGCGUCGUCAUCUCGCUCACAAAGAGCACGCCGAAUCUCAUCACUGAUUCAGGAUCCUGAUUGUUGAAUUGGAGAUGGUUGGCUUGCUUGAUCUUUUUGUUUUAAAAUUUGAAAAAUCAAGGCAGAAAGAUACUGUCAGCUUCAAUGUGUUUCAUCGUUUAGAUGAUAAAAUAAUAUCUAUUUGAUACAAUAAACUCGAAUUUUUUGCACUUUAAAUGUUGUUGAAUGUUUGAAAAGCAUAUUUGUUCACUCGGUUCUAGUGCCUGAGUACCCAUGAUGUAUGAUUACGUGUAACAAAUUCUCUUUUAGUUGGAUGGUUUCGUUUAUCCAUAGACAA